AUGCAUGUACAGCAAAAUAAAAUAAAUUUUACCAUAGCAGAUGAUGACUACUAUGCUGCUGAAGACGAUGAUGACGAAAAUUUUGAAAUGUCAGAUAAUGAUGAACCUCUACAAAUAAAUACAUCACCCAAACAAAAACAAUCGAAACAACCCACAUUCUUACCCCCUGCUCCAAUAAAGCCCACUUCUUCUUCUUCUUCUUCUCGACAGAUACCUAUAACUACUACAGAAAAUGCAGACGAUAGUGAUAACGAUGACAUUCAACAACAAUCGACAAUACAACGAAUAAACAAGGACUAUUUGAAACCAAAUGUGGGUCUUUUAUUACUUACACUGGCUCAACUAUUCAACUCAUUAAUGGUCACCUCAACAAAAGUAUUAGAAACUGACCCUUACGAUAUCGCACAUGACCAACAAAUCAAACCUUUACAAAUCCUAUUAGUAAGAAUGGUAAUAACAUACCUAGGUACAUUAAUAUACAUGUUUAUAAACCGACAUACGAUCCAAUUUGUCCCCUUUGGUGACCCGAAAAUUAGAAAAUGGUUAAUAUUAAGAGGUUGCGUUGGAUUCUUUGGUGUAUUUGGUAUGUAUUUCUCAUUAAUGUAUUUGAGUAUUAGUGAUGCUGUAUUGAUUACAUUUUUGGCUCCCAGCGUGACUAUUAUAAUGUCAUGGGUUAUAUUACGUGAAAGGUUUACAAAGACAGAAGCUAUUGGAUGUAUCGUGUCUUUAUUUGGUGUAGUGCUUAUUGUUAGACCUACUUUCAUAUUCGGCGUUCCAGAUGAUGAUGAUGGAAAGAUUGAUCCUGAAAUGGUUGAAUCUAAGAAUCCUGAAGAAAGAUUGAUCGCUACGUUUGUUGGUUUAUUAGGUGUUGUUGGAAUGUCAAUGGUAUAUGUUGUGAUUAGAUUCAUUGGUAAAAGAGCACAUGCGAUUAUGAGUGUUAGUUAUUUUUCAUUAAUUACAACGAUUAUUUCAUUCUUAGGGAUUGUAUUCUUGCCAUCAAUGAAAUUUCAUGUGCCUCAUUCUUUGAAGCAAUGGUUAUUAUUUGCUAAUUUAGGAUUUUGUGGAUUUAUUUUCCAAUUAUUAUUGACUUUAGGUAUUCAAAAGGAAAGAGCCGGUAGAGGUUCUUUAAUUUCUUACACUCAAUUGAUUUAUGCAAUCUUUUGGGAUGUUACAUUGUAUAGACAUUGGCCAAAUAUUUGGUCAUGGUGUGGGAUGUUAAUUAUCAUUGGAACUACUUUAUUAAUUGUUAAAUUGAAACCAAAACAAGACGAAAAUGGGAAUGUCAUUGAGACUAAAUCAAUGACAUCAUUAUCUUCAUCAAAAACUGAUUUGGAAAAUGGUAUGGUUUCCUUUGAAAUGGGUGAAGAACAAGAUAAUUAUAAUUUCCCACUAGAAGAGUUUUCUCAUAUUGAUCUUCCCGCAUCAGACAGUUGUGCAAGUGUACCGACUGCACAGAAAAGAUGA